CACUUCCGACACACGUCACCAGCUGUUCCACAUCACAUCCGGGUGUGAACAGGAAGUGGAUCAUGGAAUCCAGCUGAGAGAUUUGCAGAUAUAAACAUCGCACGGCUACCAGAAUAGCGCCUGAAAGUUUGACACAGAGAGAUAAAGCAGCGAGCCCAGGACUGAGGUGCAGAGAGUGGGGUAGCUAUGGCAGGAAUGCCUGGGGAUCUGUUCAGCCCUGGAGCUGAGGAUCAGGCUGGGGGAGGCCUUGCUGGGAAGCUCUACCUCCCCAAGAUGAUUUCGGGAGGGGCUGCGAAGGAGUGGUUUGAUCGCCGGCGCUCCACUAUAAGACCCUGGGCUGUCUUCGUGGACCAGCGGCGUUUCUCCAAGCCCAAGAACCUGGGGGAGCUGUGCAAGAGGCUGGUGAAAAACGUGGAGCACUUUCAGAGCAACUACAUCUUCGUGCUCCUGGGACUCAUCCUGUACUGCAUUAUCAGCUCCCCCAUGCUUCUCAUCGCUCUGGCUGUUUUCUUGGGCGCUUUCUACAUCAUCCACCUCAAAACACAGGAGAGCAAACUGGUGCUGCUCGGGCGUGAGGUGACCCCGGCGCAUCAGUACGGUCUGGCCAGCGGAGUCUCCUUCCCUUUCUUCUGGCUGGCGGGGGCCGGCUCUGCCGUGUUCUGGGUGCUGGGUGCUACGAUCGUGUUGAUUGGCUCGCACGCUGGCUUCCGCGAGAUCGAAGGUGGUGACGCAAACGAUCUCCUCAUGGAGCCUGUCUGACCCCCCGACCCUGACCCCUGACCUCUCCCCUACAGGACUCUUACCUGGCUGUAACACCAGAAACCGGUCUUCCUCUCACUCUCUCCUGUCCCCCUGUCUCUCCCCCUCUCCUCUCCUGUCCCCCUAUCUGUCCUCCUCUCUCCUCUCCUGUCCCCCUAUCCUCUCCUGUCCCCUAUCUCUCCUCCUCUCCUGUCCCCCUAUCCUCUCCUGUCCCCUCUUCUCACUCUCUCCUGUCCCCCUAUCUCUCCUCCUCUCCUGUCCCCCUCUCCUCUCCUCUCCCCUCUUCUCACUCUCUCCUGUCCCCCUAUCUCUCCUCCUCUCCUGUCCCCCUAUCUCCUCCCUCUCUCCUGUCCCCCUAUCUCCUCCCUCUCUCCAUUUCCCCUCUCCGCUCUCUCCUCCUCUCCUCUUUCCCCUCCUCAUCUCAUGACUAAGGCUGUAUGAUUUUCAGUUAUCACUGAUUUCCAUGAAGUUUACUCAUUGCUGUGUGAUAUGUACUUCCCUGUGGAAAUAACCUUUCAUACUUCAUACUUUUAUAUCACUAUAAACGAUCCUGAUUGCAACAGCAUCAAUAUAUACUUUCAAAUGCUGGAUCUUAAGCAUGGCUCAAAGCUUUCAAAGCUUCGUUUUUUGCAUUUUUGUAAUGAGAUGUUUAAGAGCUACAGUAGUCCUUAAUUAUUUGUUUUUCUUUAUUCAUCCAUCGUUUAAUCCUUUAGUUUUUCACUCCUAUGUUGUUACAUGCCACUCGUUUUUAAAAGUGAAGUGAAAAACUAAAGGAUUAAACAACGGAUGAAUAAAGAAAAACAAAUAAACCUUUUGUGUACAUCCAAAAAAACAUUUUAAUUGUAUUUGUGUGUGUAUAUAUAUAUAUAUUUCAAUAACACUGAUGAAGGCACUAGAGCCCAAACGCUGGUCUGCUUGACUCGGUCUCUUCUAGUUUCAAUAACACUGAUGAAGGCACUAGAGCCCAAACGCUGGUCUGCUUGACUCGGUCUCUUCUAGUUUCAAUCACACUGAUGAAGGCACUAGAGCCCAAACGCUGGUCUGCUUGACUCAGUCUCUUCUGGUUUCAAUCACACUGAUGAAGGCACUAGAGCCCAAACGCUGGUCUGCUUGACUCGGUCUCUUCUAGUUUCAAUAACACUGAUGAAGGCACUAGAGCCCAAACGCUGGUCUGCUUGACUCGGUCUCUUCUAGUUUCAAUCACACUGAUGAAGGCACUAGAGCCCAAACGCUGGUCUGCUUGACUCGGUCUCUUCUAGUUUCAAUCACACUGAUGAAGGCACUAGAGCCCAAACGCUGGUCUGCUUGACUCGGUCUCUUCUAGUUUCAAUCACACUGAUGAAGGCACUAGAGCCCAAACGCAGGUCUGCUUGACUCGGUCUCUUGAGUUUAUUUGGAGCUGUGGAUCUUGUUCUGUAAAACCACAGCGAGCGCGCUGGAGCCGCGUGGGGCGUUACAAUGUCUUUAUAUCAUCUGUGCAACACAUGCAAUAAACAUGCUGAUAACUUUGCA